CCCCGCCCAUUGGUGGGGCGAGUGGGAGGUGGUGAUUGGGCAAGGGGGCGACGGUGCCAUGGCUGAGUCCGGGGCGACCAAGAGACAACGGAUGGCGAGUGUGUUGCAGCAGCUCAAGGAGAUGACCGUGGUCGUGGCCGACACCGGCGACUUCAACGCCAUUGAAGCAUACAAACCACAAGAUGCCACAACCAACCCUUCACUCAUUCUUGCCGCCUCUCAGAUGCCAGCUUAUGCAAAGCUGUUGGAUGAUGCUAUUGAAUAUGGAAAGAAACUCGGAGGAUCUGAUAAAGAAAAGAUGUCCAAUGUCAUGGACAAAUUGUAUAUCAAUUUUGGCGUGGAAAUUCUGAAGAAAAUCCCAGGCAGAGUGUCUACUGAAGUUGAUGCAAGACUGUCAUAUGACAAAGAUGCCAUGAUUGCAAAGGCCCAACAUUUAAUUCAGAUGUACAAGGAUGCAGGGAUCAACAAGGACCGGGUUCUCAUCAAACUUUCCAGCACCUGGGAAGGAAUUCAGGCUGGCAAAUCCCUCGAGGCACAGUGUGGCAUCCAUUGCAACAUGACACUGCUCUUCUCCUUCGCUCAGGCCGUUGCCUGCGCCGAGGCUGGAGCGACGCUCAUUUCCCCGUUUGUGGGGCGUAUUCUGGACUGGCAUGUGGCCAACACUGAUAAGAAAACCUACAGACCAUGUGAAGAUCCAGGUGUAGUAAGUGUAACAAAUAUCUACAACUACUAUAAAAAGUUUGGGUACAAGACCAUUAUCAUGGGAGCUUCCUUCCGUAACACCGGUGAAAUCAAAGCACUGGCAGGCUGCGACUAUCUGACAAUCUCUCCAAAAUUGCUGGAAGAACUCAGCAAAGACACUGAAAAACUGACUCCUGCUUUGUGUGCUAAAAAGGCUGAAGGACUUAAAAUAGAAAAAGUUGAAAUGAAUGAGCAGAAGUUUCGUUGGUCUCACAAUGAGGACCAGAUGGCAGUGGAAAAGUUAUCUGACGGGAUCCGCAAGUUUGCUGCUGAUGCUGUUAAGCUGGAAAGCAUGCUUAAGGAACGGGUGUUCGGUGCCAAGAAUGGAUGCUAGGAAGUCUCUCGCACACUUGGAUCAUUUUGAAUCACGUAGUUUGAUUGAAAAUUUGCUUUACUUUCUUUUUGACCAAUUGUGUAAAAGGAACACAAUACAUUAUGUAUUGGUGUAUCCAGAAUUGGACCACUUAACUCAGGCUUGUGCAUUUUGGAGCAACUCUUUCUAAUAAAUACAUCAUCACACCAA